AAAAUAAGGGAAUAGGUUCCUUGCUGCAAAGUCUUGGUCUCGUUGGAUUGGAAUUUUGAUGGAUUGAUGUUUCCUUGUUCGACAGAGCUUGAGCUGAGAUGAGACGACAAACUUAGUGGAUUCCAAAUCUCCAUUUUCUCACAGAAACCCAUCCUUCCUUCCCUUACUUCCGGCGUCGCAGCCACCCACCCCACCCCACCAAGGAUUAUUAAUACGCGGUUCUUGCUUCUAAGAAUUCAAUUCGAUUCAAUUUGAUCACGUCUCGAGAGUCCUUUUCCCACUCACUGUCAAGGAAAGCGUCAGUCCAGUUGACGUAAACUACUGCAUGGCCUCUGUGGCUGAUGUGGCAUAAAUGGAAGGAGAAGUUGGGCAGAUUCUCCAAGUACAUCAAGUCUUUGCUGGGGAUUGACAACACAAUCCCAAUGGUGAACCCAAAACUUCCCUGUCGUCCAGCCAUAUCCUAUAGGCCUAUACAACCGUCUGACCUUGAGAUCUUAGAGAAAAUCCAUGCCGAUUUGUUUCCCAUUAGGUAUGAGGCUGAGUUUUUCCAAAAUGUUGUCAAUGGACAUGAUAUUGUGUCAUGGGCAGCUGUUGAUCGAAGUCAUCCAAAUGGUCAAAGUGAUGAACUUAUUGGAUUUGUAACUGCACGAGUUGUUCUUGCAAGAGAAAGUGAGAUUGGGGAUUUGCUCAGUUUCGACUCAUCAAAUUCAGAUCAGACGUUGGUCUACAUUUUGACACUGGGAGUAGUAGAAUCUUUCAGAAAUCUUGGCAUAGCUUCAGCACUUAUUCGUGAGGUCAUAAAAUAUGCCUCAAGUAUUCCAACCUGCCGAGCAAUUUACUUGCAUGUCAUUUCUUACAAUAAUUCUGCAAUCCAUUUGUACAAAAAAAUGUCAUUCAUGUGUGUAAGAAGGUUGCAAGGCUUUUACUUGAUCAAUGGUCAGCAUUAUGAUUCAUAUCUGUUUGUGUACUAUGUAAAUGGUGGCCGAUCUCCUUGCUCACCAUUGGAGCUGGUUACAGGAACACUGAACUGUAUGAGGAAUGGUCUUAAGUCUCUGCUUGCAAUGCUACGGAAGAACGAUGACAGGAAGGUGUCAAAGUGGGCGAAAUGUAAAGAAACUCAGAGCCAUAUAUCGAUCACACAAAACAGGAGAAACCUGACUGCAGCGGAGUGUACAGGGUAUGAGUGUGUUUGAUUUGUUUGUUCAUGUUAGAGGUUGGAUCAACGGACGGCGAUGAGCAAUGAGUGAGCAGGAGGGGAAGUUAAGUUGAUGCAAAGUUAUAAACGCUGCUUUCUACCAUGCAUUCAGGUUUAACCAUACCAAUAUACAUUUACAUUUACCGCGGAAUAACAUGUCAAUGUAAUAAGCGUUGUAGUGUUGUUGUGUUGUACUUGGAUUGGAUGAAGUUAAAGAUAACAAGCAGGGUGUCACUUGUGAGAUCCUUGAUUACUUGUUCA